AUGAGGUAUUUCCAUGGAUGUGUCCCAUGCCAAGGCCGCGUCCUCGGGGCACCGCAUACCGGCGAUGAUGUCAACAGUGGUCAAGGAGCUGAGCUUAUAAGUAGUCGUCUGGGGCUGCACUCCCAAUCCCCCCCUGGUACGCACACCCCGAUUUUCACAAUGGUGAAACCAAUUGCGAUCAUUGCCGGGGCAGGCCCUGGAACAGGCAGCGCCGUCGCCCGCCGGUUUGCUCGGGCCUACCCGGUCGUUCUGCUGGCCCGGUCGCAAUCCCUGGAUGCGUUGGUCCAAGACAUCCAGGGACGCGGUGGUUCGGCCAUCGGCAUUCCCACCGAUGUCACCAGCGCCUCGAGUAUGACCUCGACCAUCGACCAGAUCAAGGCGAAUUUCGGCGCCGAUGUGCGUGUUGCCGCGGCGAUCUACAACGUUGCGAGCAAGUUCACUAGGAAACCGUUCCUGGAACAGAGCUCGGAAGACUUUGUAGGUAGCCUUGCGCCGUCGAUCCGGGGGGCAUUCCACUUCGCCCAGGCCACGCUACCGUUGAUGCUGGGCGCAGAUCAGACACCGUACCCCCCUACGCUGAUCUUUACUGGAGCGACGGCCUCGCUCAAGGGCGGCUCUGGGCUGUCUGGGUUCGCUAUGAGCAAGUUUGCAAUCCGGGCUCUAUCCCAGUCACUCGCGCGGGAAUUUGGUCCCCAGGGUGUCCAUGUUUCUCAUGCCAUCAUUGACGGCAUCAUUGAUACUGAGAAGACCAAGGAAUAUAGCCGGGAGGUCCCGGAUUCCAAAAUCGAUCCCCAAUGGGUGAGUGGUCAGCGGACGAGCCACAAGAGUCCAAUAUUGAUUCCGGAUUUCAGAUUGCGGAAUCAUACUGGUUCCUACACACCCAGCCCAGGACAUCGUUCACGCAUGAACUGGACCUUCGGCCAUACUCGGAAACGUGGUAAAGCCAUUGCAGCUGUUUUCAUGGUAGACGGAUUGUGUCCGUGCUCUGGGUACAGGACAGGGCCACAAUCGCAAGUCCCGAGUCCAUAUGAACAAUAG